AUGGGAAGUGGGGGUUGGCUCCCAGCAGAUGGUGGGGAGGCAGAGCUGGAGCUGCCAGUGGUUCGACACCAACCGGAGGGGCUGGAGCAGCUGCUGGAACAGACCAAGUUCACCAGGAAGGAGUUGAAAUCCCUUUAUCGUGGCUUCAAGAGCACCCUGCCGAGACCCCCCGAGAACUUCUUGUUCGAAGCCUUCGACACUGCUGGCAAUGGAGCGCUCUGCUUCCAGGAUUUUGCCCUGGGUCUCUCGGUGCUGCUGAAGGGGACGGUGCAGCAGAAGCUCAAGUGGGUUUUUGACCUCUACGACAUCAACAAAGAUGGUUACAUCAGCAAGGAGGAAAUGCUGGAGAUCAUGAGGUCCAUCUACGAGAUGAUGGGGCACUGCACCCAGCCCCCCCCCCAGGACAACACGCCCGCCCAGCACGUGGAGAUCUUCUUCCAGAAGAUGGACAGGGAUGGGGACGGCGUGGUGACCUUCCAGGAGUUCUUGGAGACGUGCCUGAAGGACAAGGACAUCAUGAGCUCCAUGCAGAUCUUCGAGAACGUGCUCUAG